AGUUCUUACAGUGUGGAAUAGACGCCAGGGCUCGCGUAUAAACACCGUUCAAUUCAUUAGCACGCGUGCGCGCGCGUUUUGUUGCCUCUUUAGCACGUUGCUGGUGAAUGAUCUCCUCCACCGGUGCUGAGGUGUAAAAUCGCAGAAAAACUCCACGCGGGUUCUCUGCAGGAAAGAGUGACGACAUGACCGUGCGCGUGCACGAGGGUGUGUUGUGUUGUGCGUGUUUUUUUUUUGUUUUUUUUUCGUGACCGCGCGUCAAAGGACGUUUCAAUUUGGAUGAAUUAUUAAUCAGGACAAUAAUGAAAAGAUCUGUGAAAGAGAGAGGGAGAGAAGGAGAGAGACCCCCACAGGGCGGAGUUUACCCCCCUUUUCUCCCCUCUGUUUCUUUAGCAGACACACACAAGGGGCAGCGCUUCAGUUUGGGGAGAAUUUUCAACCGCGCUGGUCAGACAGACAGACAGACAGACAGACAGACAGUGCAGUGAUUUGAUCCGUCUGGAGCGCGCGCCGUUACCCGUCUGAACGCCGUUAAGUGCGUGCGCGUGCGCUCAACAGCUUUCUCCCCGGCGAGACAGAAGACGGGAGACAGGAGACGGCGGCGGCGGUGCUGUUGAUGUAGACGUCGCGUUUCUUUUUUCUUUUUGUUCUUUCAUUCCUCUUUAUUCCGUUGAAUCGGGUUGUGCGCGCGCGCUGCGCCCCUCCCCGUCUGCAGGUUUGGACUGUUCCGGAGUGUGUUUCUGCGUGAAAGUGUGUGUGUGUGUGUGUGAUGUUUUGGGGAUAGACAGAGGAUCACACACACACACACACACGCACCACGCACACACACAGACGCGCACGCGGUAGACGUGAAGAGAUAAACGAUCGAAAGAAAGAAAGAAAGAAAGAAAGAAAGAAAGAAAGAAAGAAAGAAAGAAAGAAAGAAAGAAAAAAGAAAAAGGAUUGAAAGUGGUGCUCGCGCAGAGCCAUGUGGGAUUUUACUAUGAAAAGAGAAAGGAUGCGCAGCGCGUGCUUUGUGCUCCUCGCUGUCCUGGUGUCUGGGUUUGGUCAUGUGGUGGGAAGGACCCUGAGAUACCGUGUGCAUGAGGAGCAGGAGGCUGGAACCGUGAUCGGUUCUCUGAAGGAGGAUGCCCGUGAUGUUCUGUCUCACCUGCCCGGCUCGGUUCCGUUACGUUUCCGGGCCGUGCAGCGAGGUGGGGCGAACGCCCUGUCUGUGCGUGAGCAUGAUGGCGAGAUCAGCGUAAGAGGCCGACUGGACCGCGAAAAGUUGUGCGACCGGAACCCGAACUGCUCGGUGGAGUUCGACGUGCUGACCCUUCCUACCGAACACCUGCAGCUCUUUCACGUGCAGGUCGAGAUCCUGGAUGUGAACGACCAUGCGCCACGCUUCCCACGUGCCGUCAUUCCUCUGGAGAUCUCAGAAACAGCGGCGAUAGGGACACGAGUCCCUCUGGACAUCGCUUCAGACCCGGAUGUAGGUGAGAACGCUCUGAGCACAUACACUCUUAGCGUUUCUGACACCUUCGGGAUCGAUGUUCUUACUGGUACCAAUGGUGCCAAGUACGCCGAGCUAGUGGUGCUAAAGGAACUCGAUCGCGAGACACGCUCUAGCUAUGAGCUACGACUCACAGCAUCGGACUCUGGGUCACCUUCCAGAACCGGAACCACACUACUGAAGAUUACAGUCGCCGAUUCGAACGACAAUAACCCGGUCUUUGCAGAGCCGUCGUAUAGCAUCGACCUCCCGGAAGACACGGCUCAAGGUGUCUUACUGGUAGAUCUGAACGCCACAGACGCAGAUGAAGGAACCAAUGCCAAGAUCGUGUACUCCUUUAGUAGCCAUGUGUCUCCAAAAGUAGUAGAAACAUUCAAGAUUGACCCAGACACUGGUCACCUGACUCUGCUCAGGAAGGUGGACUACGAGACAGAUGAUUCGUACGAUGUAGACAUCCAGGCACAAGACUCAGGACCCAACUCCAUGCCAGCACACUGUAAGAUCACAAUCAAGGUAAAUGAUGUAAAUGACAACAGGCCAGAAGUCAGUGUGAGUUUGAUGGGGAACGACGAGGAAGCAGCAUUCGUCUCGGAAUCGGCUCCUGUGGACACGUUUGUAGCGCUGGUGCGCGUGGACGACGCAGACUCGGGUUUGAACGGCGAGGUAAUGUGUCGUCUUGCUCGCGAAGGUCACUUCCGGCUACAGAAGACGCACGAGAAGAACUACGUAAUCCUCACGAAUGGCACGCUAGACAGAGAGACUCACUCGGAAUACAGCCUCACGAUAAUCGCAGAGGAUCGCGGGACUCCGAGUCUGUCCACUGUGAGACACUUCACAGUACGCGUGCAGGAUGAGAAUGAUAACGCGCCCCAGUUCGACAAGAACCGCUAUGACAUUUUUAAGGAUGAGAACCUCUCUCCUGGCACUUACCUGGCCACAGUGCAUGCCACCGACCCAGACUUAGCCACUAAUGGUCAUGUGAGUUAUUCUAUUGAGGAAAGCAUAAUGCAUGGAAGUCCCAUUUCUACGUACGUCACCGUGGAUCCAUCCACAGGCGCCAUUUACGCCUUGCGCACUUUUGACUAUGAGGAAAUUAGCCAUAUUAGCUUCAUGGUUCAAGCGCGUGACUAUGGCAACCCGUCGCUAAGCAGCAAUGUAACAGUUGUAUUGAAUAUCCUGGAUGUGAACGAUAAUCGGCCCAUGAUUGUAACGCCCUCGCUCCAGAAUCACACCACCGAGCUCCCUGUUUCCAAAUAUUCCGACUACGGUGACCUCAUAACUACAAUCAUGGCUACAGAUCGUGACUCUGGGGUUAACGGUGACCUCUCCUGCACCAUUGCCAAUGGAAACGAGGCCGGAUACUUCUACAUAGACGUCCGCACGUGUGAACUCCGCACUAACGUGAGCUUGCGCGACAUUCCCACAGAUCACGUCGAGCUAACAGUUGUGGUCCAGGAUCAUGGCAGUGACCCGCUAGAAACCCGGGCUCUGCUCCGUCUGGUGCUGCUCGAGAACCCUGAGAACCUCGCCGACCCACUUGCCACAGGAGGCGCGGGUAAAGAGAACGUUCUCGACGCGUCCACCAUCAUCAUCAUCUCGUUAGGCGCCAUCUGUGGCCUGCUGAUCAUCAUCAUGGCGGUGUUAGCUUUGCGCUGCUCACGUGACAAGAACGACACGCGCUCCUACAACUGCCGCGUGGCGGAAUCGACCUAUCAGCAGCGCCCGAGAAAACCGUCGCGCCAGAUCCACAAAGGUGACAUCACGCUCGUACCGACUGUUAACGGGGCACUUCCUGUUCAUCACCACUCUCCAACCACCACCACUACCACCAGCACCACUAUCGUCCCCAUCCACCACAGCCACCAAUCGCUGAACAGCAUCGUCACUGUGACGUCCAAUCAGAUCCCGGAAAGCUUCGUCCUGGAGCUGACGCAUGCCACGCCCCCUGUCGAGCAAGUUUCACAGCUGCUCUCCCUACUCCAUCAGGGUCAGUAUCAGCCUCGGCCCAGCUUCAGAGGAAACAAACACUCUCGCAGCUACAGAUACACACUCCCAGAAUUGGAUAAGUUCAGUUUGAAGGACAGUGGGCGGGGCGACAGCGACAGCGACGGUGAGCUCGGCCGUGAUUCGCCAAUCGACCGGUUGCUAGGCGAUGGAUUCAGCGAGCUCUUCCACAUCGACACACACAGCAGAGUCCACUCAGGGAUGAAGCUGUGUACGGAAGAGUGUCGUGUUCUCGGUCACUCUGAUCAGUGCUGGAUGCCGUCGUUCUCGUCGUUCUCGGUGGAGGACGAGCGCCGCAGUUUCUCCACCUUCGGUAAGGAGGCAGAUGAUGAAGAGGAGGAUGAUGAUGGAGCAGAAAAGUCUCUGCUGUCCGACAUCAACUCUGUCUUCCAUCGUCUCGUCCCUCCGUCUCACACCGAGUCCGGCGACCUCGCCGAAAACCCUGCCCCCUGUAGCACCACUAACGAAAACAGGAAGUGCUUCCUACCAGGAAACUCGCACUUCCAGAACGUGGCGCCGAAUCAUGCUCCCAAUUCCAAAUGGCUGCCGGCGAUGGAGGAGAUCCCCGAGAACUUCGAGGAGGACGACACGGAGAGCGCCAUGGGAUUCCGCAAACGCACCGAGGACGAGUUCGCCGCCGAAAUCAACCAACUGCUGCUGGACGUCCACCAGAGCUAAUGCUAACGCUUACGUCAAACCAAAUGCCUCUAUCUCUCUCUCUGUCUCUCUCUGUCUCUCUCUCUCUCUCUGUCUCUCUCGCUCUGUCUCUCUCUCUCUCUCUGUCUCUCUCUCUGUCUCUCUCGCUCUGUCUCUCUCUUUGUGUCUCUGUCUCUGUCUCUCUCUCUCUCUCUCUCCCUGUCUCUGUCUCUACUCCAGGCCGGUUUAUUAACACGUCCCAUCACUAACGUCCCCUCGGUCACGUUCCCUCACUCACAUCCCUUCACACACGUCACCACUCAUGUUUUCUCGCUCACGUCUCCUCGGUCAAGUCCCCACUUUCCUCCUGACUCGUAUCCCCUCGCUCUAGUUAAGGGCUGUGUCUGUUAGCUCCAGUGAAGUGCACUAGGUAAUAAGGGAUCAUUGCAGUACACUUUAGAGUCACACGUAUUUAUUGAUUUACCCAGAAUGCACUGCUGCACCAAGAAGCAAUAAAUGACUUCUAUACUGAACAUGCUAGUCACUGGAACUGUGCUAGCUCAAUAGCAUGAUAGCUAAUUAGCACACUCGUUAGCGAACACGUGUAGCACCUAAACAUGUAUGGAAAUCUCCUGAACUGUAACUGAGCCUGUUCCUGUAUGUGCGUGUGUGCGCGUGUGUGUGUGUGUGUGUGUGUGUGUAUGUGCACUUGGGGGAAGUUAGCUAGGUGCAGUGGAAAGGGACUGGAGCCCAGCUGACUAUCAGAUAAUCUCACAGAGAGAGGGGAGGGGCUGAAUGCUGAAGCCACUCCCACUCAGUGAUCAUGUGACUGUGUGUAGUAAUUCAUUUGAUUUGAAACAAAGUGCGACUUCUCGUCUUUUUUAUGUUUAUUAUUAUUGCAGCGUGACUCUGACUGUAACUCGCCUUUAUAAUCAACACUGUUGUUUUUUAACUCUAUUUAUAAGUGUGUGUGUGUGUGUGUGUGUGUGUGUGUGUGUGUUUGUACAGAAAAAUCUAUUUUUAUACUUUAAUGCAUGUAAACCUGAAAAGAAAUGCAAUUUUUGUUUAUUGUA